AUGUCGACCCCAACACCUGCCCCAAUCGCCAUCAUUGGUGGAGGUAUAUUUGUGAAGGAACAGCAUCUGCCCGCUGUACUAGCCACGCCUCUGCUGUCGCUGAAGGCCAUCUAUUCCCGCUCGGUCAAGUCUGCCAAGGAGACCUCGGAGCUGCUGCCAGCCUCGCACGGCGCUGUCGACCUCUACUCGGAGGAUUCUGGCCCGGGGAAAUCCUUCAAGGACGUCCUCUCGCGUUCCGAUAUCGUCGGCGUGAUCAUUGCGCUCCCGAUUCGAAAUCAGCCCGAGUUUAUCGAGGCCGCCCUCAAGGCCGGCAAGCACGUGCUGGCCGAGAAGCCGGUCGGGCCCGACGUAGAAUCGGCCAAGAAGUUGAUCUCCUGGUAUAGAGAAACUGCCGCGGAGAAGAAGGUUACCUGGGCAGUGGCCGAGCAAUUCCGGUUUUUGCCCAAAUAUGUCUGGGCCGCCGAGCAGGCGCGGACGUUGGGCAAGGUGAUUGGCUUUAAUUUCAGAGUGUUCCAGCUGUGCAGUCAAGACAACAAAUAUUUUAACACUGCGUGGCGAAAGAACCCAACCCAUAACUAUGGGUUCAUUCUCGAUGGCGGCGUUCACUCGACUGCAGCCGUCCGUAUGUUCCUCGGCCAAGAUCAGCCCCAAACAGUCAUCGGCUACUCAUCCCUUGCCCAGCAACACCUUGCGCCAGUGGACACGCUCUCAGCCGUCAUCAAGACCAAGUCUGGAGCAGUGGGUAGCUUCACCUGCAGCUGGGGAACAACUAUGAAGGCGACUGAGUACACUGUUGCUUGCGAGAAUGGCAGCGUUACCAUUGAGGGCGACGCGGGCUGGAUUCUCCAUAAGGAUGGUCGAAAGGUCGAGAAAGACUUCCCAUUCACUGUUGGUUCUGGGGUGACAGAGGAGGUCCAGGCUUGGGGCGCUGCAAUUGCGGAAGGCAAGGAAAAUCCACUGCUAACGCCUGAGAUAACCUUGGGCGAUCUGGAGCUCCUGGAAUCCAUGCUGAGAAGUGCCGAGGAUAAUGGUGCUCCGAGGAAGCUGGAGCUUCAGUAG